AAGCAGCUGUGGCCUUCUGUCUCUAGUUGAGAGAAGAAACGAGUUUCCCCGAUUAGGAUUCCUCAUCAUUCUGGAAUAACAAUGGUGGAUUACGAGGUGACCGUCUACACUGGCGACCGACUUAACUCCACCACCUUGAACCCUGUGCACAUUAAGCUGGUGGGCACAGAUGGCGAGAGUGAGCGCACAUGGCUGAGGUCUUUGGUCAUCUUCAGCGGAUCAGUGUCGACUUAUUUUGUUUCCUGCCCAAACUCCCUUGGACAGCUGGUUCUGAUAGAACUCGACAAACGACAAUUCUUCCUUUUGCCCGAUGACUCUUGGUUCCCUGAGAAAGUGGAAAUCAAAUCACCAGAAAGAGACAUCUACACCUUUCCCAUCUAUUGCUGGAUCAAUGACAGUGAGACUCGCCGCUUCAGAGAAGGCAAAGCUCUGAGGAUCUUCGAUGAAAGCAACUCUCUUGGUCAGCACGCGAGGAAUCAGGAGCUGAUCCAGCGAAGUGUAGACUAUGGGUGGAAUUUGUUUUACUCAGGCAUCCCCUACACCAUUAAGGCAGAUGGUCCUACUAGCCUGCCGAAUGAGCUCCAGUUCUCUUUUACCAAGACGACAGAGUUUGCAUUCACAACAGUCACAGGGUUGGCUGAGCUGCAGCUAAAGGGGCUGGAUGACAACCGGGAAAAUUGGGAAAGUCUUGACAAUAUCAAUGACAUGUUCCGUUUCAAAGGCACCCUCAUUUCAGAUUACGUCCAGGAACACUGGAAGGAGGAUGGUUUAUUUGCAUACCAGUUUCUAAAUGGCGUCCAUCCCACCUUAAUUCAACGUUGCAAGACUCUACCCAAGAACUUCCCUGUGACUGAUGACAUGGUCUUCAUCCCCGAUGGCUCAAACUUGUCUCAGGAGUUGAAGGAAGGCAACAUAUACCUGUGUGACUACAAGAACCUGGACGGAAUGCCUGCCAACACUAUCGAAGGGAUUCAGCAGUACUUGAUGGCACCCCUCGUCUUGCUUCACAAAAGACCUGACGACAAGCUGAUGCCUAUUGCCAUCCAGCUGAAGCAGACUCCAGCUGAGGACAACCCCAUCUUUCUCCCAACUGACUCUACGUACGACUGGCUGACAGCUAAGAUUUUUGUGAGAAGUGCCGAUUUCUCAGAGCACCAAAUCAACGCGCACUUGCUGCACACUCACCUACUGGCAGAGGUCUUUUUGGUGUCACUGCUGCGCAACGUGCCCAUGGUGCAUCCCCUGUACAAGCUCCUCAUACCCCACACUCGCUACACUCUGCAUAUAAAUGAAUUAAGUCGAACACAGCUGGUGGGACCCAAUGGAGUCUUCAGCAAGGCGGCAGCUUCUGGUGGAGAGGCUUUGAUGAAGAUCAUGGCAAGCUCGCUGUCCUCGAUAACCUACAGGUCCCUUUGCCUCCCCGACAACAUUGCUGAUCGUGACAUGCAGGACUUGCCAAACUUCCACUACAGGGAUGAUGGACUCCAACUGUGGAACAUCAUCUUCAAAUAUGUGCAGGGAGUGAUACAGUACUACUACAAAAGUGAUGAUGAGGUCCAGCAAGACUCAGAACUGCAGAGUUGGAUCUGGGACAUAUUUAAAUAUGGCUUUCUUUCCGAGCCACAAACAGGAAUCCCUCAGGUUUUCGCUACCGUGCCUGAGCUGAUCAAGUUCGUCACCAUGCUGCUGUUCAAUAGCUCGGGCCAGCAUGCGGCUGUAAACAAUGGACAGUACGACUAUGGUAGCUGGAUUCCCAACACCCCCCCGACCCUGCAACGUCCUCCCCCCACCGCAAAGGGCACAACAAGUGAGGCCACAAUGCUGCAGACCUUGCCCCCUAUCAACGUGACUUUUCGGGGAAUGGUUACAGUUAAGGUGCUCAGCACGCAGAGCUCAGACUUUGUCCCCCUCGGACACUACCCAGAAGAGCAUUUCACCGAGGAGUUCCCCCGCCAGCUGCAAAAAGAGUUUAAAGUUGAGCUUGACAGGUUGUCGAUCACAAUCAACAACAGAAACAAAGGUCUGGAAAUUCCUUACACUUACCUGGAUCCAAAGAUGAUCGAGAACAGUGUGGCCAUCUAAACCUCGGAAAGUCACAAUCAAAAGGGAGGAUCCAAUGAAUCAUAAAUGUGUGUCUUUCAAGCUUAUAGUAUUAUUUAACAUCCGAUUAAAAAAAAAAAACACACAGGGAACCUCCAAAGUUGAACCCAAUCUCUUCUGUGAGAGUGGUUGACUUCCAAGUUGAUCUAAUUUAUAAAGAAAUUUUCCUGGAGAAAUAAUAAGUCAAUGAAUUUUCUCAUAAAACCUGUAUUAACUAUACAGGCCCCAUUUUAAGUAACAACGUCAUACGUGUAAAGAGAUGUGAACAAAAUUGAAGUAAAAUGAAGUGAAACUAAAUCAAAUAAAUCAAUAGGGGGUGACAAGACACUGGUGGUAGAGUGGUCAUUUCCCAACCUUGAUUGCAGAUUCAAUCCUGAGGCCUUGUGACCAUGUUGAAAUGUCCUUGAGCAAGACUGAACCCAAAGUUGUUUACCUCACAAAUGUUAAAGCGCUUUCAGUACCUUAAAGAUAGAAAAGUGCUGUACAAGUGAAAGCCCAUUUACCAUUUAAGACACCUAAAAGACACGAAAUGGAGAGGGAACUAUGCCUUUGUCAGUUCCAUUUUAUGCUCUUCUACCCAUCACAGAAAAAAAAAAAAUUUUACUUAAGAAAAUGCAAAACACACUUGUGAAGUUAAUCCUUUCGAUGCUCACUGAGCGAAAAGUAAAAUACAAUUUGCUGGCAUCUUGCUUGAAGUUUGAGGCAUGUUUUUCAGGAUGAUUUUGGUUGAUCUUUAUAUUGAGCGGCUCACUUGACUUUGGAGGUUCCACUGAAUGCGCGAUUUGGCUUUUAUACUGCAGCUAAUGUGUGUCACAUGCUCACUACUAGAGUAGAAUACUGGCUACAUAGUAAAAUUUGUCAGUCAAAAAUAUUUUAUUUACAUUUUUGCACUGUGCCAACUCCGAUUGCUUUACGGUUUAGGGAGCGUAGUGAAGCAGAGUAUUCAUUAAAAAGUCUGUUUGAAUAUGUCAAGCAUUUAGAAAGAUGAUUAUUUAACAACCAGUUGGAGCUCAUUCUUCAGUCAAAGUUCAUUUGUGCGUAAACGAUGGCGCGUUACAGUCGGAUUACUUUAAUACACAAAGAGCGCCGUGAAAAAGACUUUUUGCUCCCUUGUCAAAUUCUCCUUUUUAACCCACUUUAACAUUCAAGAUCAUCAAACAAAUGUAGUUUUUACAUGGUGAACAGAUUUAUGAAGAGGAACACCUGUGUGAAAAAGUAAUUGCCCAACUGUCCCUAAUCACAUUGUUUGGGAAGCUGAGUUCAUUUUCACUGACCACAUCCGAGCCUGAUUACCUCCAGACCCGUUCAACCAAGAAAUCACUUAAAUCGAACCCAUCGAACACAAAAUCCUGAAGGAGAAUGUUCGGCCAUCAGUUCGUGACCUCAAGAUAAAGCUUGGCCUAUUUUAGAGGGAGGCUGAAGGUGCCCCAAAAUGAUUUUAUUUUAGAAUCAUAGUCCCACUAAAACUGUUAAACCCCCCUAAACAAUUUUGUAAUUCCCCAAACGUUGACCACCCACCCCCACACACGGAAAUGUACCAUCCACACACUAUACGCGCCACAAUAUUUUUCAGAGAUGGAAAAAUUCAGUCAGUCAACAGUCGAUGUCGAGGGACGGCUAGGUGUUAAUGACCUCCAAACUGUGUUUUGUCAGACAAACGAGUUUUAUUUACAUUCUGCUCUGCGUUAAUUUUAAAUAUGCUGAACAUGCAUAUGAUGUAAUGUUAAAAAAAAAGAAGAAAUUCCAUCAUCCAGUGCCCUUCAUCAUCAUCAUGGCAGACAAUAAAUGUACUUUACAGGUUAGGGGAGUGUUGAGAAAAUGUAUUAAUUCAAGAAUGUAUGGUGUUCAAUUAAAAAAGUAUCACAAGCA